GCAUAAGCAAAGUCAACGUGAUGUCGAAGAUCGAAGAUCAAACAAUUCUCAUCACCGGAGCCUCCGGCUUCGUCGCAACGCACAUUCUCCUGGUCUUCCUCCAACGGGGCUACCGUGUACGUGGCACAGUCCGCUCCGAGCAAACUGCCGACAGAGUGCGUGAGAUCUUCGCGGAGUACGGUGACAAACUAUCCUUCACAAUCGUCAAGGAUAUCGCCCAACCGGGGGCGUUCGAUGAAGCCGUUAAGGAAGUUCAAGGCAUAAUCCACACCGCCUCCCCCUUCGCGUUCAGCGUCCAAGACCAAGAACGCGACCUCCUCCAACCCGCCAUCCAAGGUACCCUCCAGCUCCUCUCCGCCGCCCACCGCCACGCCCCCCAGGUGCAGCGCAUCGUGCUCACCUCGUCCUUCGCCGCCAUCGUCAACCUCCGCAAGGGCUACUGGCCCGAACACACCUACACCGAAGCAGACUGGAACCCGGAGACAUACGAACAGGCCAAGACCGCUGACGGACCCACGGCGUACUGCGCUUCGAAGGCGCUGGCCGAGAAAGCCGCGUGGGAGUUCGUGGAGCGCGAGAAGCCCAACUUUACCCUGUCGACGAUCUGUCCCCCGAUGAUCUACGGGCCGGUCGAGCACCACGUAGCGAGCCUGGAUCGUCUGAACGAGAGCGCCGCGGACGUGUAUCGGUUCAUGAACGGGAGUCUGAGAGAGAUCCCCCUUACGGGAUUCCCGGCCUGGGUGGAUGUGCGGGAUGUGGCGGAGGCGCAUCUGCGCGCGUUUGAGGUCGAGGGGGCGGCCAACGAGCGGUUCUUUGUGGUCGCCGGCAAUUUUGAUUAUGCGCAGGUUUGUGAGGUUUUGAGAACCAAGGUGCCUGGGGUCGAUACGACGAAGGUUCCUCAGGGCAAGGCGGCGCGGGAGGUGCCCCAGGUGUAUGGGGUGUCGAAUGAGAAGGUGCGCACGCGGCUGGGGAUCGAGUUCUAUUCCCUGGAGGCGAGUAUCAAGGAUACGGCGGAGUCUUUGUUGAAGCUCGAGAAGACAUUAGGGCAAUGAUGGCCG